AUGAGUGUCUUCAAAGUGUGGCUCGGGGUGGCCCUAGCAUUGGCGGAAUUUGCAGUAUUGCCUCAUCAUUCUGAAGGUGCUUGUGUCUAUCAAGGUUCCUUGUUGGCGGAUGCCACCGUUUGGAAGCCUGAUUCAUGCCAGAACUGCCGUUGCCAUGGUGAUAUCAUUAUCUGCAAACCUGCUGUUUGCAGAAACCCUCAGUGUGCCUUUGAGAAGGGGGAAGUGCUUCAAAUACCCGCCAACCAGUGCUGCCCUGAGUGUGUGCUGAGGACUCCUGGAUCUUGCCAUCAUGAAAAGAAAAUUCACACGCAUGGGACAGAGUGGGUGUCCUCCCCAUGCAGUGUGUGCUCUUGCACUCAUGGGGAAGUCCGAUGCACCUCCCGACCGUGCCCACCACUGUUGUGUGGACACCAGGAGCUGGAAUUCAUCCCUGAAGGAAGCUGCUGCCCAGUCUGUGUGGGCCCUGGGAAACCCUGUUCCUAUGAAGGCCGUGUGUUUCAGGAUGGGGAGGACUGGCCAUUGAGUCGGUGCGCCAAGUGUGUGUGUAGAAACGGGGUCGCCCAGUGCUUCGCAGCUCAGUGUCAUCCUCUGUUUUGUAACCAGGAUGAAACUGUAGUCCGAGUCCCUGGAAAAUGUUGCCCACAGUGCUCUUUGCGAUCCUGCUCUGCAGCUGGCCGAGUUUACGAGCAUGGUGAGCAGUGGAGUGAAAAUGCCUGCACCACGUGUAUAUGUGACCGGGGUGAGGUCAGGUGCCACAAACAGGCCUGCCCUCCGUUAAGAUGCGAAAAGGGUCAGAGAAGGGCUCAGCGUCAUGGGCAAUGCUGCGAGGACUGUGUGUCUCCUGCUGGAAGCUGCUCGCAUGGGGGGCUUGUGCGGUACCAGGAUGAAAUAUGGAAGGGCUCGGCCUGUGAGUUCUGCACCUGUGACCGUGGCCAAGUGGCCUGCCGGACUGGGGAGUGUGCCAAAGUGGAGUGUGCCCGGGGUGAAGAAUUAAUUCACUUAGAUGGAAAAUGCUGUCCUGAAUGCAUUUCAAGGAAUGGUUACUGUGUAUAUGAAGAAAAUUCAGAAUUUAUGUCCUCAAAUGCGAGUAGAGUUAAACAUAUUCCAGAGGGGGAGAAGUGGAAGGAUGGCCCUUGCAAGCUGUGUGAGUGCCGGGGGGCUCAGGUAACUUGCUAUGAGCCCUCUUGUCCUCCGUGUCCAGUAGCCACACUAGCUCAGGUGGUGAAGGGACAGUGCUGUCCAGAUUGCACAUCAGUUCAUUGCCACCCAGACUGCUUGACCUGCUCUCAGUCGCCAGACCACUGUGACCUCUGUCAGGACCCCACAAAGAUGCUGCGGAAUGGACGGUGUGUGCACAGCUGUGGUCUGGGAUUUUACCAAGCUGGUGCUCUCUGUUUAGCCUGCCAGCCUCAGUGUUCCAUGUGCACCAGUGGGCUAGAGUGCUCGUCCUGCCAGCCUCCCCUGCUGAUGCAGCAUGGCCAGUGCGUGUCCACCUGUGGGAAUGGCUUCUACCAAGACCGCCACUCCUGUGCAGCCUGCCACGCGUCCUGUGCGGCCUGCUGGGGUCCCACAGAGAAGCACUGCUUGGCCUGCAGAGACCCCUUCCAAGUGCUGAGAGAGGGCAGCUGUGAGAGCAGCUGUGGCGACGGGUUUUACAACAAGCAGGGGACCUGCAGUGCUUGUGAUCAGUCCUGUAAGAGUUGUGGCCCCAAUAGUCCCAGAUGUCUUACCUGUGCUGAGAAGACCGUGUUGCAUGGUGGGAAAUGCAUUUCUGAAUGUCCUGGUGGGUACUAUGCUGAUGCCACUGGCAAAUGCAAAGUUUGUCACAACUCGUGUGCCAGCUGCUCAGGACCCUCGGCCUCUCACUGUACAGCCUGCAUCUACCCCCAGGCCCUGCGCCAAGGCCACUGUCUGCCCAACUGUGGAGAGGGCUUCUACCCUGACCACGGGAUCUGCAAAGGCUGUCAUUCCUCUUGCCUGACUUGUGUGGGUCCAGAGCGCUCUCAGUGCACCCAGUGUAAGAAGCCAGAGGAAGGACUGCACAUUGAGCAGCUCUCUGGGGCAAACAUCACCUCUGGCCAGUGUCUGUCCCAGUGCAGAGCCCAGUUUUACUUGGAGAACACUGGGCUGUGUGAAGCUUGCCACCAGUCCUGUUUUGGGUGUGCAGGGAAGAGCCCACAUAACUGCACAGCCUGCUGGCCUUCCCACAUGCUGUUGGAUGGGCAGUGCCUCUCCCAGUGCCCAGAUGGGUACUUUAACCUGGAAGGCAGUUGUACAGAGUGCCACCCCACCUGCAGGCAGUGCCACGGCCCAUCGGAAUCUGACUGCAUCUCCUGUCACCCUCAUGUUACUCUGGCUGCUGGGAGCUGCAGGACCAGCUGUAAAGAGGAGCAGUUCCUCAACCUCGUGGGCUACUGUGCUGACUGCCAUCCUCUGUGCCAGCACUGUGCAGCUGACCUCGACAACACCAGGAGCGUCUGCCUGAGGUGCCAGAAUGCCCGGUACCUGCUGCUAGAAGAUCUCUGUGUUCCCGAUUGCCCUUCUGGAUACUUCGCAGAGAGAGGAGCUUGUAAAAAAUGUCACUGCUCCUGCAGAACCUGCCAGGGCAGAGGACCCUUCUCCUGCUCCUCCUGUGACACCGACCUCGUUCUGUCCCAUCUUGGCACCUGCAGCACUGCCUGCUUCCCAGGGCACUAUCUCGAUGACAACCACACUUGUCAGCCAUGCGACCCACAUUGUGGAAGCUGUGAUUCACAGGCCAGCUGUACCUCCUGCCGAGAUCCCAACAAGGUCCUGCUCUUUGGAGACUGUCAGCAUGAGAGCUGUGCCCCACAGUACUAUCUUGACUUCUCCACCAGGACAUGCAGAGAGUGUGACUGGAGUUGCAAUGCGUGUCACGGGCCUCUGAGGACAGACUGCCUGCAGUGCAUGGAUGGCUACGUUCUCCAGGACGGGGCCUGUGUGGAGCAAUGCUCACCCUCAUUUUACCGGGACCUGGGCCUCUGCAAGAGCUGUGACAGCCACUGUCUCCAGUGCCAAGGCCCCCAUGAGUGCACCCGCUGUGAAAGGCCAUUUCUCCUCUUGGAAGCCCAGUGUGUCCAGGAAUGUGGGAAGGGGAACUUUGCAGAUCAUUCAAACAGCAAAUGCACAGCCUGCCCCUGGGGGUGCUUGCAGUGCAGCCACAGAGACCGGUGUCACCUCUGUGACCAUGGGUUCCUUCUGAAGAGUGGCCUUUGUGUUUCCAAGUGUGUUCCCGGCUUCCCUGCCCACUCCUCUAAUGAAACAUGUGCUGGCAAAAUACACACCCCUAGUCUUCAUGUGAAUGGUUCCCUCACCCUUGCAAUUGGUUCAGUGAAGCCACUGGAUUUUCUCCUCCUGAAUGUUCAAGACCAGGAUGGCAGGGUCGAAGACCUCCUGUUCCAUGUGGUGAGCACUCCCACCAAUGGUCACCUCGUGCUCUCAAGGAAUGGAAAAGAGGUUCAGCUCGACAAGGCUGGCCACUUUAGCUGGAAAGAUGUGAAGGAGAAAAGAGUGCGUUUUGUGCACAGCAAAGAAAAGCCCAGGAAAGGUUACUUUUCCCUGAAAAUUAGUGACCAGCAGUUCUUCUCUGAGCCACAGCUGAUCAACAUACAAGCAUUUUCAACACAGGCCCCCUAUGUGCUGAGGAAUGAGGCUCUCCAUAUUAGCAGAGGAGAGAGGGGAACCAUCACCACUCAGCUGCUUGACAUCCGAGAUGACGACAACCCACAGGAUGUGGUGGUCCAAGUGCUCGAUCCUCCACUUCAUGGCCAGUUGCUCCAAACACUUCAGUCGCCUGCAGCCCCUAGCUAUCAAUUCCGGCUGGAUGAGCUCUCCAGGGGCCUUCUCCAGUAUGCUCACGACGGCUCGGAUAGCACUUCUGAUGUCACAGUCUUGCAGGCCAAUGAUGGACACUCCUUUCAAAACAUACUGUUCCGUGUGAGGACUGUGCCCAAGAAUGAUAGAGGUCUUCGACUUGUGGCUAAUUCAGUGGUGUGGGUUCCAGAAGGCGGGAUGCUGCAGAUAACCAACAGAAUCUUACAGGCUGAAGCUCCAGGUGCCAGAGCCUCAGAAAUCAUCUACAAAAUUACACAGGACCACCCCCAGUUUGGGGAGGUGGUCCUUGUGUUUAAUAUGCCUGCAGACAGCCCUGCAGAUGAAGGGCAGCACCUUCCUGAUGGGAGGACAGCAACUCCCACCAGCACGUUCACCCAGCAAGACAUCAACGAAGGCAUCGUGUGGUACCGGCACUCAGGGCUCCCAGCCCAGAGCGACUCCUUCCACUUUCAGGUGUCCAGUGCCACGGAGGCUCAUGCCCAUUUGGAGAGCCGCAUGUUCAACAUCGCCAUCUUACCCCAGACUCCAGAAGCACCCAAACGCUCUCCAGAAGCAUCUCUCCACAUGACCGCUCGGGAGGACGGCCUGACUGUGAUUCAGCCUCAUUCUCUCUCCUUUGUAAACUCUGAGAGAUCAAGUGGAAAGAUAAUAUAUAAUAUCACUCUACCUUUGCAUCCAAGUCAAGGCAUCAUCGAACACAGGAACCAGCCUCACUCUCCCAUCCGGUAUUUCACCCAGGAAGACAUUAACCAGGGCAAAAUCAUGUACCGUCCCCCCACUGCAGCCCCCCACCUCCAGGAGAUCAUGGCCUUCUCCUUUGCUGGUCUCCCAGACUCAGUGAAAUUCCACUUCACAGUUUCGGAUGGAGGGCACACAAGUCCAGAGAUGGCCCUCACCGUUCACUUACUUCGCAUUGAUUGGCACCCGCCAGUGUUCCAGGUUACAGCUCCACUGCUUAAAGUCAGCCCAGGAGGCAGCACUUCCAUAGGACUUCAGUUGGUAGUAAGAGACACGGAGACAGUGCCUGAAGAACUCCUCUUUGAGCUCCGGAAACCUCCCCAGCAUGGCGUGCUCCUUAAGUACACAGCUGGGUUCCCAGGGCCCAUGGCCUCAGGUGACACUUUCACAUAUGAGGAUGUAGAGAAAAAUGUUCUGCAGUAUCUACACGAUGGAUCCUCUGCCCGGGAGGACAGCAUGGAGAUCUCAGUUACAGAUGGCAUCUCAGCAGCAACAGUGGAUGUGAGGGUGGAGGUGUCACUGUCUGAGGCCCGGGGGCCUCGGCUGGCUGCUGGCGCCUCUCUGAGCAUCACCGUUGCCAGUAAAAGCACAACUAUAAUCACUAGGUCACAUCUUGCUUACGUUGAUGACUCUUCCCCCGACCCAGAGAUCUGGAUUCAGUUAAGUUCUCUGCCUGUGUAUGGUGCUCUCUUAAGAACCUCAGGACCUGAGGUGGAAGAACUCUCAGAGGUUUCCAAUUUCACAAUGGAAGAUAUCAACAACAAGAAAAUUAGGUACUCAGCUGCAUUUGAGACCGGUGGUCAUCUGGUUACUGACAGCUUCCACUUCUCUGUCUCUGAUUUGGACCACAACCGCCUGGACAAUCAGAGGUUUACCAUCAUGAUCACUCCCGUCAAGGAUCCACCCCAAGUCAUUGCUUUCGCUGACCUUAUCACCGUUGACGAGGGAGGGAGAGCCCCACUCUCAUUUCACCAUUUCUUUGCUGCUGAUGAUCAGGACAGCCUCCAGGGUGACACCAUCAUUAAACUAAGUGCCCUGCCCAAGUACGGCUGCAUCGAGAACACGGGGACAGGUGAUCGAUUUGGCCCUGGAACUACCAGUGACCUAGAAGCAUCAUUCCCUCUUCAAGAUGUCCUGGAAAACUACAUUUACUACUUUCAGAGUGUUCAUGAAAGCAUUGAGCCAACCCAUGAUAUUUUCAGUUUUUAUGUAAGUGAUGGAAACAGUCGAUCAGAAAUCCACAGCAUCAACAUCACCAUCGAGAGGAAGAAUGACGAGCCUCCCAGGAUGACCUUGCGGCCCCUUGGCGUGCAGCUGAGCUCGGGAGUGGUGAUAAGCAAUUCUUCUUUGAGCCUGCAGGACCUGGACACUCCAGAUAACGAGCUGAUUUUUGUAUUGACAAAAAAGCCUGGCCAUGGUCAUCUGCUCCGGAGGCAAACUGCUUCUGAGCCUCUGGAGAAUGGGAGGGUUUUGGUCCAGGGCUCCUCCUUCACCUACCAGGAUAUCCUGGCCGGGCUGGUUGGGUACAUGCCUGGUGGUCCUGGUGUGGCAGUGGAUGAGUUCCAGUUCUCCCUCACUGAUGGACUCCACACAGACACAGGGAGGAUGGAGAUAUACAUAGAGCUGCCUACAGGUGACACCCCCCACUUGGCUGUAAACCAAGGCCUCCAGCUGUCAGCAGGGUCCGUAGCACCCAUCACAGAACAGCACUUGAAAGUGACAGAUACUGACUCAGAUGACCAUCAGGUGAUGUACAUCUUGAAGGAAGAUCCUGGUACAGGGCGCCUGCAGUUGGUAAAGCAUGACAGCCUGGAGCAAAUCUCCAUUAAAGGCCCCAUCCAAAGUUUCACCCAGGCUGACAUCAGCCAAGGCCACGUAGAAUACAGUCAUGGAAAAGGAGAAUCUGGCGGGAGCUUUGCUUUUAAAUUUGAUGUGGUUGAUGGAGAAGGCAACAAAUUGAUUGGCCAGUCAUUUUCCAUCAGUGUUUUGGAAGACAAAUCCCCACCAGUCAUCACCACCAAUAAAGGGCUGGUCUUGGAUGAAAACUCGGUGAAGAGAAUCACCACUCUGCAGCUCUCUGCCACUGACCAGGAGACGGAGCCUGCAGAACUGAUCUACAGAAUCACCAGAGAGCCCCAGCUGGGCCACCUGGAACACACAGCAUCACCAGGUAUCCAGAUUAGUUCCUUUACUCAAGCUGACCUCACUUCAGGACGCAUUCAGUACAUCCACUCCAGUGAGACCGAGAAGCAUUCAGAUGCCUUCGGUUUCACGCUCUCCGAUGGCGUCAACGAGGUGACUCAGACUUUCCACAUUACUCUUCGCCCUGUGGAUGACUCGCUGCCCGUUGUACAGAACUUGGGGAUGCGGGUACAGGAAGGUGUGAGGAAGACCAUCACAGAGUUUGAGCUCAAGGCGGUAGAUGCAGACACAGAGGCCGAGUCUGUCACAUUCAUGAUCAUGCAGCCCCCACGCCAUGGCACCAUUGAGCGAACCACCAAUGGGCAGCCCUUCCAGCACACCUCCACCUUCACCAUGGAGGACAUCUAUCAGAACCGGGUCCGCUACAGCCACGACGGCAGCAACUCCCUCAAAGACUGGUUCACCUUCACCGUUGCUGACGGGACGAAUCCCUUCUUUAUUAUUGAGGAAGGAGGAAAAGAGAUCAUGACAGCAGCACCUCAGCAGUUCUGGGUGGACAUCCUCCCAGUAGAUGAUGGCACCCCUAGAAUUGUUACCAACCUGGGGCUCCAGUGGCUGGAGUACAUGGAUGGCAAGGCAACCAACUUGAUCACCAAGAAGGAACUGUUGACCAUGGACCCAGACACAGAAGACCUGCAGCUUGUCUACGAGAUAACCACAGGCCCUGAGCAUGGCCACAUGGAGAAUAAGCUGCAGCCUGGAAGAGCUGCUGCUACUUUCACACAGGAGGACGUGAACCUGGGGUUGAUUCGUUAUGUGUUGCAUGAGGAGAAGAUCCAUGAGAUGAUGGAUAGUUUUCAGUUUCUGGUGAGAGACAGUAAACCCAAUGUGGUCAGCGACAAUAUCUUCCAUAUCCAGUGGUCCCUCAUCAGCUUUAAAUAUACCAGCUACAAUGUCAGUGAGAAAGCGGGGUCAGUCAGCAUCACGGUGCAGAGGACUGGGAACCUAAACCAGUACGCCAUUGUCCUGUGUCGCACAGAGCAAGGCACCGCCAGCUCCAGCUACAGGGUCAGCUCCCAGCCUGGACAGCAGGACUACGUGGAGUAUGCCGGCCAGGUGCAAUUUGAUGAGCGAGAGGACACCAAGUCCUGCACCGUCAUCAUCAACGAUGACGACGUGUUUGAGAACAUCGAGAGUUUCACUGUGGAGCUCAGCAUGCCAGCAUAUGCCCUACUGGGGGAGUUCACCCAGGCGAAGGUCAUUAUCAAUGACACUGAGGACGAGCCCACAUUAGAGUUUGAUAAGAAGACCUACCGGGUCAACGAGAGCGCUGGCUUUCUAUUUGCACCUAUUGAAAGAAAAGGGGAUUCAAGCAGCAUUGUAUCUGCAAUUUGCUACACGGUCCCUAAGUCAGCUAUGGGAAGUAGCCUGUAUGCUCUAGAAUCGGGCUCUGAUUUUAAAUCUAGAGGGAGGUCUGCUGAGAGUCGUGUGACAUUCGGGCGUGGUGUCACCAUGUCCACCUGCGACGUCAUGCUCAUUGAUGACAGCGAGUAUGAAGAGGAAGAAGAGUUUGAGAUUGCCCUGGCAGAUGCUUCCGAUAACGCCCGCAUUGGAAGUGUGGCGUCGGCCAAGGUGCUCAUUACUGGUCCCAAUGAUGCCUCUACUGUGUCCCUGGGCAACACGGCUUUUACUGUCAGCGAGGAUGCAGGCACGGUGAAGGUCCCAGUUAUCCGCCACGGGACUGACCUUUCCACCCUCACGUCUGUCUGGUGUGCAACACGGCCCUCAGACCCAGCUUCCGCCACUCCAGGAGUUGACUACGUUCCCAGCUCUAGGAAGGUGGACUUUGGGCCAGGUGUCACUGAGCAGUAUUGCACCUUGACCAUCUUGGAUGACACUCAAUAUCCUGUGAUUGAAGGGCUGGAGACAUUUGUGGUUUUCCUCAGCUCAGCGCAAGGGGCCGAACUGACCAAACCCUUCCAGGCCGUCAUUGCAAUUAAUGACACAUUCCAGGACGUGCCCAGCAUGCAGUUUGCCAAGGAUUUGCUCCUAGUGAAGGAGAAGGAGGGUGUCCUACACGUACCCAUCAUUCGGAGUGGGGACCUGAGCUACGAGUCUUCAGUGAGGUGCUAUACUCAGGGCCAUACAGCUCAGGUCAUGGAGGACUUUGAGGACAGAAGAAACACAGACUCUUCACGGAUUACAUUUCUCAAAGGGGAGAAAAUGAAGAACUGUACUGUCUAUAUCCAUGAUGACUCCAUGUUUGAGCCUGAGGAACAGUUCAGGGUCUACCUUGGCCAUCCUCUUGGGAACCACUGGAGUGGAGCCAGAGUUGGAAAGAAUAACAUGGCCACCAUCACCAUAUCCAAUGAUGAAGAUGCUCCCACCAUUGAGUUUGAAGAAGCUGCAUACCAAGUCCGGGAACCCUCAGGGCCAGAUGCCACGGCCAUUCUGAACAUCAAGGUGAUCCGCAGAGGGGAUCAGAACAGGACGUCCAAGAUUCGCUGUAGCACGCGAGACGGGUCAGCCCAGUCUGGUGUGGAUUAUUACCCAAAGAGCCGAAUCUUAAAGUUCAGUCCUGGUGUGGAUCAUAUCUUCUUUAAAGUUGAGAUCCUGUCCAAUGAAGACCGGGAGUGGCAUGAAUCGUUCUCCCUAGUCCUUGGCCCGGAUGACCCAGUGGAAGCUGUUCUUGGUGAUAUGACCACUGCCACAGUGACGAUUCUAGACCAGGAGGUGUCAGGGAGCCUCAUCCUGCCAGCGCCGCCCAUUGUUGUCACACUUGCUGACUAUGACCAUGUGGAAGAGGUUACCAAGGAGGGAGUCAAGAAAUCCCCCUCCCCGGGCUACCCGCUGGUCUGUGUCACCCCCUGCGACCCCCAUUUCCCCAAGUAUGCCAUCAUGAAGGAGCGCUGCAAUGAGGCUGGCAUCAACCAGACGUCCGUGCAGUUCAGCUGGGAAGUGGCCACCCCCACUGAUGGCAAUGGGGCCCGGUCUCCCUUUGAGACCAUCACUGACAACACGCCAUUCACCAGUGUCAACCACAUGGUCCUGGACAGCAUUUACUUCAGCCGGAGGUUCCAUGUACGUUGUGUGGCCAAGGCUGUGGACAAGGUGGGCCACGUGGGGACCCCCUUAAGGAGCAACAUUGUUACCAUCGGAACAGGCAGUGCGAUCUGCCACACCCCGGUGGUUGCUGGGACAGCCCGAGGCUUCCAGGCUCAGUCCUUCAUCGCGAACUUGAAAUACCUGGACGUCAAACACAAGGAACAUCCCAACAGAAUCCACAUUUCCGUGCAGAUCCCACACCAGGAUGGAAUGCUGCCCCUUAUCUCCACCAUGCCGUUGCACAACUUGCAUUUUCUACUAUCUGAGUCCAUCUACAGACACCAGCACGUCUGCUCCAAUCUCGUCACCACCCGUGACCUGAGAGGCAUCUCAGAGGCAGGGUUCCUGGACGACAGGGUCCACGACAGCACGGCCCUGGGGCCUGGCUACGACCGCCCCUUCCAGUUUGAUGCCAGCGUGCGGGAGCCCAAGACCAUCCAGCUCUACAAACACCUGAACCUGAAGAGCUGUGUCUGGACGUUUGAUGCCUAUUACGACAUGACGGAGCUAAUUGACGUCUGUGGGGGGUCUGUCACUGCCGACUUCCAGGUGAGAGACUCUGCUCAAUCGUUCCUGACAGUGCAUGUGCCUCUGUACGUGUCCUACAUCUAUGUGACAGCCCCCAGGGGCUGGGCCUCCUUGGAGCACCACACCGAGAUGGAGUUCUCCUUCUUCUAUGACACUGUUCUCUGGAGAACAGGAAUCCAGACGGACAGUGUGCUCUCUGCCAGACUUCAGAUAAUAAGAAUCUACAUUCGAGAGGAUGGCCGUCUGGUCAUUGAAUUCAAGACCCAUGCCAAAUUCAGAGGACAAUUCGUGAUCGAGCACCACACCCUCCCUGAUGUGAAAUCAUUCAUAUUGACUCCAGACCAUCUCGGAGGAAUCGAAUUUGACCUGAAGCUCCUAUGGAGUGCUCAGACUUUUGAUUCUCCUUACCAGCUCUGGAGAGCCACAAGCUCUUAUAACAGGAAGGACUACUCUGGGGAGUACACCAUCUACCUGAUCCCUUGCACUGUGCAGCCCACUCAGCCUUGGGUGGACCCAGGAGAAAAGCCUUUGGCCUGCACUGCACACGCCCCAGAAAGAUUCCUGAUACCCAUUGCAUUCCAGCAGACCAACCGCCCUGUCCCUGUUGUAUACUCGCUCAAUACUGAAUUUCAGCUCUGCAACAAUGAGAAGGUGUUCCUGAUGGACCCCAACACAUCUGAUAUGUCACUGGCGGAAAUGGAUUACAAAGGGGCCUUCUCCAAAGGUCAAAUCCUUUAUGGCCGAGUACUUUGGAAUCCAGAACAAAACCUUAAUUCUGCUUACAAACUGCAGCUGGAGAAGGUCUAUCUUUGUACUGGCAAGGAUGGCUACGUGCCUUUCUUUGAUCCCACGGGGACAAUCUACAAUGAAGGGCCACAGUAUGGAUGCAUUCAGCCAAACAAACACCUAAAACACAGAUUCCUGCUGCUGGACCGCAGUCAGCCAGAGGUAACGGACAAGUACUUCCACGACGUGCCCUUUGAAGCCCACUUUGCUUCUGAGUUGCCUGAUUUCCACGUCGUCAGUAGCAUGCCAGGCGUGGAUGGAUUUACUCUGAAGGUGGACGCACUCUAUAAGGUGGAAGCCGGACACCAGUGGUAUCUCCAGGUGAUCUACAUCAUUGGACCUGACACCAUCUCAGGUCCCAGGGUCCAGCGCUCUCUCACGGCCCCUCUGAGGCGCAACCGAAGGGACCUGGUGGACCCCAGUGGCUGGCUGACCCUUGACGAAUCCCUCAUCUAUGACAAUGAAGGGGACCAAGUCAAGAAUGGCACCAAUAUGAAGUCGCUGAAUCUGGAGAUGGAGGAGCCAGUUGUAGCUGCUUCUCUGUCCCAAGCCGGGGCGUCUGUCGGCAGUGCCCUUGCUGCUAUCAUGCUCCUACUUCUGGUGUUUUUGGUCGCUUGUUUUAUCACCAGGAAACACCAGAAACAAAGGAAGAAGCCGCGCACAGGGGACAUUUUGGAGGAAUACCCUCUGAAUACCAAGGUGGAUGUGCCCAAGAGGGGCCCGGACAGGGUGGAGAAGAACGUGGACAGACAGUACUGCACCGUGCGGAACAUCAAUGUACUCGGUGAAACCGAGGGCACUUAUGUGUUCAAAGGUGCUAAAGUAAAAAAAUUGAAUCUGGAAGUCAGAGUUCACAACAAUUUGCAAGACGGAACCGAAGUUUAA